AUGAUCACGAAAAUCCUGAACGGGUGGCGCAUCUCGUUCUUCUUCAACCUGACGACCUUCAUCGUGCAGCAGCUGGGGCUGUACUACAUCCUCUUCGAGUACAACAAGCUGAUCCUCCUCCUGUGCACCUUCGACAUAUACAUUUUCAUCCACUUCUGCUUCAACAACUCGCAAUCGUUUGCGGCCGUCAAGGGGGGCAACUGCUGGAUCCUCUACGUGUACUCCAUCUCCUUCAAAGUCAUUUUUAUGUACUUUUUUGCCUUCAACGAAAAUGCAUACUCAGAAGAAACAAACACAGAUUAUUACAACAAGUGCGUUAUCUUUGCGCUCCUCAGUUUUAGCACGCUCAUCUAUACGGCCCUGUCUGUGAAAUCGUACAAGCAGCUGUACCCAGACGAAAUGACCAUAACGAACGAGAAGAUUUUCCACAACAAUUUAAUUCUGCACGUCGUGAUAGACCUGUUUGACAUUUUCGAGUUGCUGUUCACCCUGGUGAAGCUCUCAUACAUUGUUAAAAAUACCAACUUUUGGAUUAAAAUAAUUGGGGGAGUCUUAAUUUCGUUUUCUCUCUACUUGAAUGCUUACUCCUUUCCGAUUAUCUCCCUGGUGACAGAAAAGAACAGAAAAAAUUUGGACCUGGGGGAUAUAUACUUCUGCAAAAAGCACGCUGCUGUGAUUGGCAUCAUCCUGGUGGACAUCCCCUUUAUGAUUUUGCGCUUUUACUUCCUGGCCUCCUACGUCUCGAGUGUACAUUUCCAGCCCCUUCUAAUUAAGAACGUGUGCUUUAUCCCGAUCAAGUGCCUAACUAUUAAGCACUGCAACUUGAUUUUCGAGAGGCUGCGUCGAAAUAUAGACCACACGGAGAAUGGCGGUCGAGUGGGACAGCCCCUGGCGAUUGCCAAGCAAACCAAUGGUAAUAACAACACGAGCAAGUCGGAUGAUGGCACCCUCCUUGUGUAUGGCUCCCCAGGUGGGAAUAAGCCCAACGUGGCCAAUCGCCCCUCGGGGGGGGUUCUCAAGAAGCGAUCCAUCGUGUCGUUGAGCGCCACGGGGUGCAACAACUCGUUGGAUAUCAAAUCGGUGCAGUCGAUGAGGAAUGAGGCGGACGUAUUGGCAGGUGAGACUGCCGCUCCUAGGAGGAAGAAAGUCACAACUACCGCUGAUACCAAGCAGGAUGGCGAACAAAUCAGCGGGAGCGCCAAUGCCCCAAUCUCCCCCAGCCUCUGCGAAUACUUCGAGCACCUGGUGGAAAACCAAGUGGCCACCUUCCGAAAGUUAAAUGUAAAGAAAAACAAAAUCGGGAAGAAAUUCACGAUGAAUAAACUGAUGUACACAAAUGUAUCGAACAACGAAAGGUAUCACUGCUACCUGGAUGACAGCCUGAAGGUCUCCUACCUGAACCAGAUUCGCCUGAUCAUCCCUUAUGUAACUUAUUGCCUGGGGAAAAUAGCCAUGUCUAUAGUGAUUUACUUCUUUUACGCAAAGAUAGAAAUCCACGACUUGAAGAUAAUCCUCACUCAGUCAGGCAUGUACUUCAAACUGUUCGAACAUAAUCACAUCAUGUUUGUCGUUUCCUUUUUAAUAAUCCUCGGCAACUCAAUCAUAUCAUUUUUAUGUUCCGUGUUUCUCUCCAGCUUAGUGGAGGUCCUCUUUUUUACUCUUUUCAUCUUCGUCAAGUGCACCUCCGAUUUUCUCUUCCUCCUCCUUCUCGUCUACAACAACAUUUUUGAGAUCUUCCUGAGGAACCUGAACAAGUCAGAAAAAUAUGCGCCAUAUUUUUAUCUCCUCUUCGCGGUGAUUCCCUCCUUCAAGAUCAUAAGGAACAUUUACGUUUUUCUGUGCUCCUUAUCUGGCCGGCAAUUCAUCGGGUACAUCAUUCGCCCCUUCAUGAACGAGACCAGCAAGAGUAAGCUGCCCCCUUUUCUGGGCAUCAACGGGGUGGGCGGAGAGGCAGUAAGCGGAUUAACUGGCAGCUUAGGCGGGGAAGGAGCCAACGGAGUGGCGUCUGCUCCCGCUAUGCGAGCUCUGCAGACGGACGAACUGAACCUGUUCAAUAGCCAAGAAUCCACCCACAAAAAUAGCUUCAAGGGAGACUACAAGGGGUUCAUUUCCAUUGCUUCCCUCCUAAUCUACAUCAACACAAAACACAUGCACGGACUCUCCUCCCUCUCGAUACUAAUGAUAGGAAAUAACUUCAUCAAAAAUUUGAGGCUGAAUUAUAAUUUAAAGAACAACCACCUGUUGCUCAUCCUUUUGACUCUCCUGCCCCGCUUCCUUCUGCUGCUCUUCAUCUGCUUGCACCACAAGUCAAAAUUUCUGACAGAUGAGUGUGUGCGUAUGUUUUACUGUGGAGUUACUUUCACUUUUAUUUUGGAUUUGAUUUUCAAGGCGGGCUACCUCAUUGUCUCUCACAACAUCCGGGUGUGCGCGGCCUACAAUUUGCACCUCAAAUCUAUGUACGAAGACGUUUACUACAGCGCCAGGGCCAGGGGCGACGCGCAGAAGAACCACCUCAGGGACCUGCACAGCAAGUACCAGAUGAACCACUUCUACGUGCGCACGGUGCCGCUCUUUUCGGAGCUCGUCUAG